UACACAUUGUCCAUCCGGUUUACUUGCGCUAUAAGCUAACAGCUAUCUUCUGCGACUAGCAGGCUUUUGUACACACAAAAAAUAUUUUUACUGUAACUGUUCAGGAAAACGUUGUAAUGAAAUAUUUUUAAAGGAAUUUCGUGUAACUAUGCAAAACUGACGCACGCGCUCGGGAAGUAUUUAUUUCAUGCCCUGUUGUUACAAAUGUUGCGAACUCGGCUGUUGGUAGUUUAAUAUUUUUUGCCGCACAACGAAAGGAAAUAUUGCAGCCUAGUAGCUCUGGGUUUAUUAUCAAGCUGGUUAAAUAAUGGUCUACUAAACUUGGAGUAGAGCUAAGUCAGAAUGUCCGACUCCGACAGUGACGAAGAUCAAGAUCGCCCUUUCUCAAUUACUGGCUUCCUAUUUGGGAACAUAAAUGAAGAUGGUCAGCUGGAGGAUGACAGUGUCCUGGACAAUGAGUCCAAAAAACAUCUGUCUGGCUUGGGAAAUUUAGGUCUGGGUUCCCUCAUCACAGAGAUCACAGCCAAUGAGGAUGGUGAGCUAGAGGAAAGUAAAAACUCCACUAGUGUGGAUGCUGAGGGUUGGGUGAAAAGCACUGACGAUGCAGUUGAUUAUUCUGACAUUAGUGAGGUUGCUGAAGAUGAAACAAGGAAGUACCGCCAGGCCAUGGGGUCGUUGCAGCCCUGCAGGAAACCAGAUGAUGAUGACGACUAUGACGCAGAUUGUGAAGAUAUUGAUUCAAAGCUUAUGCCUCCUCCGCCACCGCCAAGUGUUGGAACAGCUGUUAAGAAAGAUGAUCUGACUUCUCAGGGCACAAAUGUCGGGGAAGAAGGUGACGGUAUCAUCCUGCCGUCCAUCAUAGCGCCAUCCUCUACCGCUGAUAAGGUUGAUUUCAGCAGUUCCUCAGACUCCGAGUCAGAAACAGACCGCCCCUGCCAGGUUUCUGGUGCUGGAGGCUCACCAGAUAGGCUUAACCUUCCGCUCGCUGGCAUCAUGCAGAAAGAUGCUGCCAAAACACUUCCAAGUGUGACUGAGCUCUUCCCAGAGUUUCGACCUGGAAAGGGGCUGAGGUUCCUAAGGCUAUUUGGCCCAGGGAAGAACAUGCCAUCAGUUUGGAGGAGUGCUCGCAGGAAGAAAAAGCGGAAGCAUCGGGACGUUCUGCCUGGCACACCGCCUCCUGAAGGAGAGCUCACAGAACAAGGCCAGGAUAAGAAAUCUGGAUGGGUUUACGAGUAUGCGAACCCUCCACCCCCAGAGCAGUGUCUCUCAGAUGAUGAGAUAACCAUGAUGGCUCCUGUAGAGUCUAAACUUUCCCAAGCAUGCGGUGAUGGAGACAAGGAGGCAGAAUCGCGACCUAAAGUUGCAGAAUGGCGAUAUGGGCCUGCCCAGCUUUGGUACGACAUGAUAGGGGUCCCUGAGGACGGAGGUAAUUUUAACUAUGGGCUGAAGCUGAAGGAAAAGGAGUCCAGUGAGCCGAUGGAGCAGAACGCACCUUCAGAAGCAACAGAGACAGCUCAGGACGAUGUGAGGUGGUGUGAUGAUCCUAAUGACCACAAUAAUGAGGGAGACAAAGAUAAAUCCACCCUGGAGAAUGAGCUCUUCUUGAUGGUCACUCAACUGCAGUGGGAAGACGACAUUAUUUGGAAUGGGGAGGAUGUAAAACACAAGGGCACCAAGACUCAACGUGCCAGUCUUGCAGGGUGGUUGCCGUCCAGCAUGACCCGCAAUGCCAAUGCUUACAAUGCACAGCAAGGUCUGACAAGAAGUAAUUCCCAAUUAGUGCCACCUACGCCGCCUCCCAUGCUCAAAGCUUUGUCAAUAACUGGCAUUAAGCACAAAAACAGCCAUGAUCACCAUGCCAAUCACGAAGAAGAUGCCCCAUGGUUUUCUAUUUUUCCCAUUGACAAUGAAGAGUUGGUGUACGGACGUUGGGAGGACAACAUCAUCUGGGAUGAUCAGGAGAUGGACCGCAUACUCACACCGCCUGUUCUUACACUUGAUCCCAAUGAUGAAAAUAUAAUUCUUGAAAUUCCUGAUGAAAAGGAAGCAACAACAUCUCAUUCCCCAUCCAAAGAGAAUAAGAAGGAAACAGCAAUCAAAAAGAGUCGCAUCCUCCUUGGGAAGACUGGGGUGAUAAAAGAUGAGCCGCAACAGAACAUGUCCCAACCUGAGGUGAAGGACCCCUGGAAUCUCUCCAAUGACGAGUUCUACUACCCCAAACAGCAGGGUCUUAGGGGCACCUUCGGUGGCAACAUCAUUCAGCAUUCCAUACCAGCACUGGAGUUAAGGCAGCCAUUCUUCCCCACCCACAUGGGACCCAUGAAGCUGCGCCAGUUCCAUAGAUCGGCUUUGAAGAAGUAUUCGUUUGGACCUUUGGCUCAGCCGGGCCCACACGCUGUCCAGCCUCUGCUCAAGCACAUUAAGAAGAAGGCCAAGAUGCGAGAGCAGGAGCGGCAGGCAGCAGGGGGUGGAGACAUGUUCUUCAUGCGCACCCCGCAGGAUUUGACAGGCAAAGAUGGCGAUCUUAUUUUGGCAGAGUAUAGUGAAGAAUACCCUCCUCUCAUCAUGCAAGUUGGCAUGGCCACUAAGAUUAAAAACUACUACAAAAGGAAACCCGGAAAGGAUCCUGGUGCACCAGAUUGCAAAUACGGAGAAACAGUGUACUGCCAUACCUCACCUUUCCUGGGCUCCCUUCAUCCUGGACAGCUUCUCCAAGCUUUUGAAAACAACCUUUUCCGUGCUCCUAUUUACCUGCACAAGAUGCCAGAGACAGACUUUCUUGUCAUCAGAACACGCCAUGGCUAUUAUAUCAGAGAGAUAGUGGACAUAAUGGUGGUUGGUCAGGCAUGCCCCUUAUUCGAGGUUCCGGGGCCCAACUCCAAACGAGCCAAUACCCACAUAAGAGACUUCCUUCAAGUGUUCAUUUACCGCUUGUUCUGGAAGAGCAAGGAUCGUCCGCGCAGGAUCCGCAUGGAGGAUAUAAAGAAAGCAUUUCCGUCACAUUCUGAGAGCAGCAUCAGGAAGAGACUAAAACUCUGUGCUGACUUCAAACGUACAGGGAUGGACUCCAACUGGUGGGUGCUGAAGCCUGAUUUCAGAUUGCCCACGGAGGAGGAGAUCCGAGCCAUGGUGUCUCCAGAGCAGUGCUGUGCUUACUAUAGCAUGCUGGUGGCUGAGCAAAGACUCAAGGAUGCUGGAUAUGGUGAGAAAUCAUUCUUUGCCCCAGAGGAGGAGAACGAAGAGGACUUUCAAAUGAAGAUUGAUGAUGAGGUGCGAACAGCUCCCUGGAACACAACAAGAGCCUUCAUCUCUGCCAUGAAAGGGAAAUGCCUACUGGAGGUUACCGGUGUUGCAGACCCAACAGGCUGUGGAGAAGGUUUUUCCUACGUCAAAGUGCCCAAUAAGCCCACUCAACAGAAGGAUGAUAAAGAGCCACAGCCUGCUAAGAAGACAGUGACCGGGACAGAUGCAGAUUUGAGGAGACUCUCACUGAAGAAUGCCAAGCAACUGUUGCGCAAGUUUGGUGUGCCAGAAGAAGAAAUAAAGAAGCUCUCUCGCUGGGAAGUGAUUGACGUCGUGAGAACCAUGUCAACUGAGCAGGCACGUUCAGGAGAAGGCCCCAUGAGCAAGUUUGCCAGAGGUUCUCGUUUCUCCGUCGCAGAGCACCAGGAGCGGUACAAGGAAGAAUGCCAGAGGAUAUUUGACCUGCAGAACAAGGUGCUGGAGUCGACUGAAGUGCUGUCCACUGACACUGAUAGCAGCUCAGCAGAAGAUAGUGACUUUGAGGAAAUGGGAAAGAACAUUGAGAACAUGCUGCAGAACAAGAAGACCAGCUCACAGCUGUCACGUGAGAGGGAGGAGCAGGAGAGAAGGGAGCUGCAAAGGAUGCUGAUGGGGGAGGAGAGUGACCGAGACCAUAAGGGACGCAAAGAGCGACGCAAAGUCUUGUCCAGUUCAUUGUCCACCAGCUCCCAUAAGGACGAUGACACAUCAUCAGUCACCAGCCUGAAUUCUGCAGCCACAGGACGGCGACUUAAGAUCUAUCGAACGUUCAGGGAUGAGGAUGGCAAGGAAUAUGUACGCUGUGAGACAGUGCGCAAGUCUUCUGUCAUCGAUGCAUACACCAGGAUCAGGACUACCAAAGAUGAUGAAUUCAUACGAAAGUUUGCUCUCUUUGACGAGCAGCACAGGGAAGAAAUGAGGAAGGAACGUCGUCGUAUCCAGGAGCAGCUAAGGAGGCUAAAGCGAAAUCAAGAGAAGGACAAGAUAAAGGGACCACCAGAAAAGAAGACGAAGAAAAUGAAAGAGAGACCAGACCUCAAGGUAAAAUUAAAGUGCGGAGCCUGCGGAGCCAUCGGGCACAUGAGGACCAACAAGUUCUGCCCACUGUACUAUCAGACAAACGCACCACCUUCUAACCCAGUCGCCAUGACUGAGGAGCAGGAGGAGGAGUUAGAAAAGACAGUCAUCCACAAUGACAACGAGGAGCUGAUCAAGGUGGAGGGCACAAAGAUCGUGCUUGGCAAGCAACUCAUCGAAAGCGCUGAUGAAGUGCGCAGAAAGUCUUUGGUGCUCAAGUUCCCCAAGCAGCAGCUCCCACCAAAGAAGAAAAGACGAGUUGGCAAUGCUGUGCACUGUGAUUACCUCAAUAAACCACACAAGGCAAUCCACCGUAGACGCACUGACCCUAUGGUGACUUUGUCCUCUGUGCUUGAGAGCAUCAUUAAUGACAUGCGGGACCACCCUAAUACAUACCCGUUCCACACCCCAGUCAACGCCAAGGUUGUGAAAGACUACUACAAGAUUAUCACACGGCCCAUGGACCUGCAGACGCUCAGAGAGAAUGUGCGCAAGAGAAUGUAUCCGUCCAGGGAGGAGUUCCGAGAAGCAGUUGAGCUCAUCUAUAAGAACAGUGCCACAUACAAUGGAGCAAAACAUCCAAUCACACAGGUGGCACAGUCGAUGCUGGACCUCUGUGAUGCAAAACUGAAAGAGAAGGAGGACAGACUGGUUAGGCUUGAAAAAGCCAUCAAUCCAUUGCUCGAUGAUGACGAUCAGGUGGCUUUCUCUUUCAUUCUGGACAAUAUCGUUACCCAGAAGAUGAUGGUCGUUCCUGAUUCAUGGCCAUUCCAUCAUCCUGUCAACAAAAAGUUUGUACCUGAUUAUUACAAGGUGAUCAUAGACCCCAUGGACCUUGAGACCAUUCGCAAGAACAUCUCCAAACACAAAUACCAGAACAGAGACGCGUUCCUCUCAGAUGUCACUCUUAUACACGCCAACAGCAUCAAGUACAACGGCCGUGACAGUCCAUACACGAAGACGGCACUUGAUAUUAUCAAUGUCUGCAAACAGACCUUGGAUGAGUAUGAUGAACACUUGACCCAGCUUGAAAAGGACAUCUCCACAGCCAAAGAGGCUGCUCUGGAUGCCGUAGACUUUGACAGUCUAGACAUGACCCACUCGUCAUACAUACCACAGUAUGAUGAUUUGGAUAAGGACAUCGCCACCGCCAAGGGGUCAUUCAUGGACUUACAGAGGCUGAGUGCAGCAUCAUCGCCAUACAUAACACAGGCUCGCCACAGCAGAAGGAACAGGGAAGAAGAGUCAGAUGUAGAUAUUGAAGGCUUUGAGGAGGAAGAUGAUGGCAAACCUAAAACACCUGCUCCUGCAGAGGAUGCGGAAGGAGAUUUAGAAGACGACGAAGAUGACGAAGAGCUGUUGCUCCCUCCUCGCAGACGCAUGCACACCCGCCAGGAGGAUGAAGACCGCAGAUCCAAUCCACUCACCCAUGCCAGCGUGUUGUAUCAGGACCUUCUCAUGUCUGACGGAGAGGACGAUGCCAGCGAGGAGGAGGGGGACAAUCCGUUCUCAUCUAUUCAUUUGUCAGAGAGUGGCAGCGACUCUGAUAGAGAAGUCGAGGUGCGACCUCCACCACCACCACGGCGAGCCCAGGACACAGCGCGCAUGGGCAUGGAGCAGGAUGAGAGCAUGAUGUCAUAUGAAGGAGACGGGGGUGAUGACGGGCCCCACAUGGAAGACAGCAACAUCAGUUAUGGCAGCUUUGAUGAGACAGAGAGCCGCAGUCAGAUGCAGCCCUUGAGCAGGGGAAACGCAGAUGACGAUGGUAUCAGCGAGGAGGAGGAGGAAGACGAGGAGGAUGACGCACGGAGAAGAGCCCCAGCUCCACAUUCUCAGCUAUGGCAGCUACGAGCAGACAGACAAGAUGACGGCAACAGUGAAGAGGAGGAGGAUGACGAAGAGGAAGACGCACGGAGGCGAGGCCCCGCUGUGCUCUCUCAGGUUCAGCUCAGUGAGGAUGAGGAGAGUGAAGAGUUCAGAUCCAUCGGGGGCGACAGUGACAUGGACUCGGACUAGACUCAAGAAAAACUGCCUGAAGGCACAUUUUAGAAGACAGCCAUUUCAGAUGAGUCGUGUGAAUAUAUUGUACAGUUUUAGAACUUUAACCAUUAGCUCUUCCAUUGUACAUUUGUUUAUUUUACAUUUUGAGUCAUUAUAUAUCCUAAACUGGAGUGAUGACUGAUUCACACACUGUCAACAGUAGGUCAACCAUCAUGCGUGUAACACAGUAGUGAACAUGUUGUGUAAUAUGUUUUUAAAUAAUAUGGUUGAAUGACUGACGGCCCUUUUUAGCUUGACACCGUUAGUAUUUGCUACAUCCACUCGUCUGGGGUUGUUUUCGUUGCCAGAAAUACUAUUUCACUGAACCAACAUCAUUUAUAGUUCUGAAAAAAAAUGUUUAUUCAGUGAGGCUUCGCUUAUCUAUAUUAUACACAACUGCACUGCCCUUUAAUACUAUAAACAUUAAGGAGAACAGUACAUCUAUUGACACGUGGUUCAGAAUAACACACAACACAAUAGUUUUGACACUGACUUUCAAUGCUAAAGCGUAAUCAUAAGUGAAGAUUAUAACGGCACAUCUCAUAGCUGCACCUAAAACACUUUUGUCAUGAUAAUAAUAAUUUACAAUGCUGAAGCCAUGCUUAAAGAAAGCCAACCUUUCAUUCAUCCUGCUAUAAACAUUUACCGUUGAGUGGAUGGCAUAUUGCUGCCCCAAGCUAUGGUGGUUGUCCUCUCAGGUGACGCAUGAACACAUGAGGUAAAAGACAAAUAUCUCUUGGCAGAGUGGGGGAGCCUGCGGGGGCUGAGCGACUGAGACCUUUGCACUUCCCUCAUGGCUGUCGUCUGCACUGACGACCUUUGUGAUGCAUCCUUGGAGUUCUUGGGUGCUGUUGGAAGGAAUGAUGACUCGCAAGUUCGCCCCAUUCUGGAAGAGGAACCACCUAAAACAACCAUUGUUUAGUGUUACACACCAUCACGCUAUAGAUAAUCUGAACAGCAUAAAGUUUCAUAAAAUUUAACUGUGAAAAAUCACACAAUUUUGUUGUCCUGGUCAGCUCACAUAUUCAAAUCUACUUGUUGCUAGGCAGAAUUUGUGAAGUAACUCAUUUGUGCUGCAUAGACCAAUCAGUGAAGUUGCCAAGCCCACGAGGCCUUUUCAUACAAACGCAGCUUUCUCUGUGUAGCUGUUCGUGACGAACAAUACCAGAUUUUUUGAUAACAUGGAUUUUAUUUCCAGCCAUUCAUUUCUAUGCUGCUUAUCCUCACUAGUGUUUCGGGUAUGCUGGAGCCUAUCCCAGCUGUCUUCGGGCGAGAAGCGGGGUACACCCUGGACUGGUCGCCAGCCAAUCAGAGGGCACAUAUAGACUAACAAUAAUUCACACUCACAUUCAUACCUACGCACAAUUUGGAUUCGCCAAUUAACAUGAAUGUUACACGGAGAAACCCACUCAACAGCAAUGCAAACUCCACACGAGAUCAACCCAGAUCAAUAUGCUGACCACUCACCGUGUGUUAACAUUUCGCCUAACUUUAAAUGAAAAAAAAAAAAAUAAAACAACAACUCAAGAGGGUUAAUGGAUCGAAUAUGUUUACAACAUAAAACACAAAUCAAAAGAAUAAUAAACUGUUUUUGGUGUGUUUAGAAACUUAACGUAUUAAGCCACAUCAUGUGAUCAACAUGUCGCG